AUGGCCGCGCGGGCAGCAGCGGCGGCGGCGGCGGCGGCGCGGGCGCGGGCAGGCAGCGGCGAACGGCGGGCGCCCCCCGGGCCGCGGCCGGCGCCCGGAGCCCGGGACCUGGAGGCGGGGGCGCGCGGCGCAGCGGCGGCGGCGGCACCGGGACCCAUGCUGGGGGGCGGCGGCGACGGCGGCGGCGGCCUGAACAGUGUGCACCACCACCCCCUGCUCCCCCGUCACGAACUCAACAUGGCCCAUAACGCGGGCGCCGCGGCCGCCGCCGGCACCCACAGCGCCAAGAGCGGCGGCUCCGAGGCGGCUCUCAAGGAGGGUGGAAGCGCCGCCGCGCUGUCCUCCUCCUCCUCCUCCGCGGCGGCAGCGGCGGCGUCCUCUUCCUCCUCGUCGGGCCCGGGCUCGGCCAUGGAGACGGGGCUGCUCCCCAACCACAAACUGAAAACCGUUGGCGAAGCCCCCGCCGCGCCGCCCCACCAGCAGCACCACCACCACCACCAUACCCACCACCACCACCACCAUGCCCACCACCUCCACCACCACCACGCACUACAGCAGCAGCUAAACCAGUUCCAGCAGCAGCAGCAGCAGCAGCAGCAACAGCAGCAGCAGCAGCAGCAGCAACAUCCCAUUUCCAACAACAACAGCUUGGGCGGCGCGGGCGGCGGCGCGCCUCAGCCCGGCCCCGACAUGGAGCAGCCGCAACAUGGAGGCGCCAAGGACAGUGCCGCGGGCGGCCAGGCCGACCCCCCGGGCCCGCCGCUGCUGAGCAAACCGGGCGACGAGGACGACGCGCCGCCCAAGAUGGGGGAGCCGGCGGCCGGCCGCUACGAGCACCCGGGCCUCGGCGCCCUGGGCGCGCAGCAGCCGCCGGUCGCCGUGCCCGGGGGCGGCGGCGGCCCGGCGGCCGUCCCGGAGUUUAAUAAUUACUAUGGCAGCGCUGCCCCUGCGAGCGGCGGCCCCGGCGGCCGCGCUGGGCCUUGCUUUGAUCAACAUGGCGGACAACAAAGCCCCGGGAUGGGGAUGAUGCACUCCGCCUCUGCCGCCGCCGCCGGGGCCCCCGGCAGCAUGGACCCCCUGCAGAACUCCCACGAAGGGUACCCCAACAGCCAGUGCAACCAUUAUCCGGGCUACAGCCGGCCCGGCGCGGGCGGCGGCGGAGGAGGAGGAGGCAGCGGAGGAGGAGGAGGAGGAGGAGGAGCAGGAGCAGGAGGAGCAGGAGCGGGAGCUGUGGCGGCGGCGGCAGCAGCAGCAGGAGGCGGCGGCGGCGGCUAUGGGGGCUCGUCCGCGGGGUACGGGGUGCUGAGCUCCCCCCGGCAGCAGGGCGGCGGCAUGAUGAUGGGCCCCGGGGGCGGCGGGGCCGCAAGCCUCAGCAAGGCGGCCGCCGGCUCGGCGGCGGGGGGCUUCCAGCGCUUCGCCGGGCAGAACCAGCACCCGUCGGGGGCCACCCCGACCCUCAAUCAGCUGCUCACCUCGCCCAGCCCCAUGAUGCGGAGCUACGGCGGCAGCUACCCCGAGUACAGCAGCCCCAGCGCGCCGCCGCCGCCGCCGUCGCAGCCCCAGUCCCAGGCGGCGGCGGCGGGGGCGGCGGCGGGCGGCCAGCAGGCGGCCGCGGGCAUGGGCUUGGGCAAGGACAUGGGCGCCCAGUACGCCGCUGCCAGCCCGGCCUGGGCGGCCGCGCAACAAAGGAGUCACCCGGCGAUGAGCCCCGGCACCCCCGGACCGACCAUGGGCAGAUCCCAGGGCAGCCCAAUGGAUCCAAUGGUGAUGAAGAGACCUCAGUUAUAUGGCAUGGGCAGUAACCCUCAUUCUCAGCCUCAGCAGAGCAGUCCGUACCCAGGAGGUUCCUAUGGCCCCCCAGGCCCACAGCGGUAUCCAAUUGGCAUCCAGGGUCGGACUCCCGGGGCCAUGGGCGGAAUGCAGUACCCUCAGCAGCAGAUGCCACCUCAGUAUGGACAGCAAGGUGUGAGUGGUUACUGCCAACAGGGCCAACAGCCAUAUUACAGCCAGCAGCCGCAGCCCCCGCACCUCCCACCCCAGCCGCAGUAUCUGCCGUCCCAGUCUCAGCAGAGGUACCAGCCGCAGCAGGACCUGUCUCAGGAAGGCUAUGGAACUAGAUCUCAACCUCCUCUGGCCCCCGGAAAACCUAACCAUGAAGACUUGAACUUAAUACAACAAGAAAGACCAUCAAGUUUACCAGUUGAAGUCUUGGCCUCGGAGGAUGCAGCCUUUGGACUCAAGGAUCUGUCUGGCUCCAUUGAUGACCUCCCCACGGGAACGGAAGCAACUUUGAGCUCAGCAGUCAGUGCAUCCGGGUCCACGAGCAGCCAAGGGGAUCAGAGCAACCCGGCGCAGUCGCCUUUCUCCCCACACGCGUCCCCUCAUCUCUCCAGCAUCCCUGGGGGCCCAUCUCCCUCUCCUGUUGGCUCUCCUGUAGGAAGCAACCAGUCUCGAUCUGGCCCAAUCUCUCCUGCAAGUAUCCCAGGUAGUCAGAUGCCUCCGCAGCCACCCGGGAGCCAGUCAGAAUCCAGUUCCCAUCCCGCCUUGAGCCAGUCACCAAUGCCACAGGAAAGAGGUUUUAUGGCAGGCACACAAAGAAACCCUCAGAUGGCUCAGUAUGGACCUCAACAGACAGGACCAUCCAUGUCGCCUCAUCCUUCUCCCGGGGGCCAGAUGCAUGCUGGAAUCAGUAGCUUUCAGCAGAGUAACUCAAGUGGGACUUACGGUCCACAGAUGAGCCAGUAUGGACCACAAGGUAACUACUCCAGACCCCCAGCGUAUAGUGGGGUGCCCAGUGCAAGCUACAGCGGCCCAGGGCCCGGUAUGGGUAUCAGUGCCAACAACCAGAUGCAUGGACAAGGGCCAAGCCAGCCAUGUGGUGCUGUGCCCCUGGGACGAAUGCCAUCAGCUGGGAUGCAGAACAGACCAUUUCCUGGAAAUAUGAGCAGCAUGACCCCCAGUUCUCCUGGCAUGUCUCAGCAGGGAGGGCCAGGAAUGGGGCCGCCAAUGCCAACUGUGAACCGUAAGGCACAGGAGGCAGCCGCAGCAGUGAUGCAGGCUGCUGCGAACUCAGCACAAAGCAGGCCACCAUACAUUAGGUCGCCUGCUUAUCCCAGCCAGUCUGGGGCUGGCGGACGCCCCAUGUUUUCUUCCCAGCACCCCAACUAUGGCAACUCUCAGGCUCCCAUGGUGCACCAGCCUGACCAGUACGGGCAAGGCAGUUUCCCCGGCAUGAACCAGAGUGGACUUAUGGCUUCCAGCUCUCCCUACAGCCAGCCCAUGAACAACAGCUCUAGCCUGAUGAACACGCAGGCGCCGCCCUACAGCAUGGCGCCCGCCAUGGUGAACAGCUCGGCAGCAUCUAUGGGUCUUGCAGAUAUGAUGUCUCCUGGUGAAUCCAAACUGCCCCUGCCUCUCAAAGCAGAUGGCAAAGAAGAAGGCACUCCACAGCCCGAGAGCAAGUCAAAGGAUAGCUACAGCUCUCAGGGUAUUUCUCAGCCCCCAACCCCAGGCAACCUGCCAGUCCCUUCCCCAAUGUCCCCCAGCUCUGCUAGCAUCUCCUCAUUUCAUGGAGAUGAAAGUGAUAGCAUUAGCAGCCCAGGCUGGCCAAAGACUCCAUCAAGCCCUAAGUCCAGCUCCUCCACCACUACUGGGGAGAAGAUCACGAAGGUGUACGAGCUGGGGAAUGAGCCAGAGAGAAAGCUCUGGGUCGACCGAUACCUCACCUUCAUGGAGGAGAGAGGCUCUCCUGUCUCGAGUUUGCCUGCUGUGGGCAAGAAGCCCCUGGACCUGUUCCGACUCUACGUCUGCGUCAAAGAGAUUGGGGGUUUGGCCCAGGUUAAUAAAAACAAGAAGUGGCGUGAGCUGGCAACCAACCUAAACGUUGGCACCUCAAGCAGUGCAGCGAGCUCCCUGAAAAAGCAGUAUAUUCAGUACCUGUUUGCCUUCGAGUGCAAGAUCGAACGCGGGGAGGAGCCCCCGCCGGAAGUCUUCAGCACCGGGGACACCAAAAAGCAGCCCAAGCUCCAGCCGCCAUCUCCUGCUAACUCGGGAUCCUUGCAAGGCCCACAGACCCCCCAGUCAACUGGCAGCAAUUCCAUGGCAGAGGUUCCAGGUGACCUGAAGCCACCUACCCCAGCCUCCACCCCUCACGGACAGAUGACCCCAAUGCAAGGUGGAAGAAGCAGUACAAUCAGUGUGCACGACCCAUUCUCAGACGUGAGUGAUUCAUCCUUCCCAAAACGGAACUCCAUGACUCCAAACGCCCCCUACCAGCAGGGCAUGAGCAUGCCCGACGUGAUGGGCAGGAUGCCCUAUGAGCCCAACAAGGACCCCUUUGGGGGAAUGAGAAAAGUGCCUGGAAGCAGCGAGCCCUUUAUGACGCAAGGACAGAUGCCCAACAGCAGCAUGCAGGACAUGUACAACCAAAGUCCCUCCGGAGCAAUGUCUAACCUGGGCAUGGGGCAGCGCCAGCAGUUUCCCUAUGGAGCCAGUUACGACCGAAGGCAUGAACCUUAUGGGCAGCAGUAUCCAGGCCAAGGCCCUCCCUCGGGACAGCCGCCAUAUGGAGGGCACCAGCCCGGCCUGUACCCACAGCAGCCGAAUUACAAACGCCAUAUGGACGGCAUGUACGGGCCCCCAGCCAAGCGCCACGAGGGCGACUUGUACAACAUGCAGUACAGCAGCCAGCAGCAGGAGAUGUACAACCAGUACGGAGGCUCCUACUCGGGCCCGGACCGCAGGCCCAUCCAGGGGCAGUACCCGUAUCCCUACAGCAGGGAGAGGAUGCAGGGCCCGGGGCAGAUCCAGACGCACGGAAUCCCGCCUCAGAUGAUGGGCGGCCCGCUGCAGUCGUCCUCCAGUGAGGGGCCUCAGCAGAAUAUGUGGGCAGCACGCAAUGAUAUGCCUUAUCCCUACCAGAACAGGCAGGGCCCUGGCGGCCCUACACAGGCGCCCCCUUACCCAGGCAUGAACCGCACGGACGAUAUGAUGGUACCCGAUCAGAGGAUAAAUCAUGAGAGCCAGUGGCCUUCCCACGUCAGCCAGCGUCAGCCUUACAUGUCGUCCUCAGCCUCCAUGCAGCCCAUCACGCGUCCACCACAGCCGUCCUACCAGACGCCACCGUCACUGCCAAAUCACAUCUCCAGGGCGCCCAGCCCAGCGUCCUUCCAGCGCUCCCUGGAGAACCGCAUGUCUCCAAGCAAGUCUCCCUUUCUGCCAUCUAUGAAGAUGCAGAAGGUCAUGCCCACGGUCCCCACAUCCCAGGUCACCGGGCCACCACCCCAACCACCCCCAAUCAGAAGGGAGAUCACCUUUCCUCCUGGCUCAGUAGAAGCAUCACAACCAGUCUUGAAACAAAGGCGAAAGAUUACCUCCAAAGAUAUCGUUACUCCUGAGGCGUGGCGUGUGAUGAUGUCCCUUAAAUCAGGUCUUUUGGCUGAGAGUACGUGGGCUUUGGACACUAUUAAUAUUCUUCUGUAUGAUGACAGCACUGUUGCUACUUUCAAUCUCUCCCAGUUGUCUGGAUUUCUCGAACUUUUAGUCGAGUACUUUAGAAAAUGCCUGAUUGACAUUUUUGGAAUUCUUAUGGAAUAUGAAGUGGGAGACCCCAGCCAAAAAGCACUUGAUCACAACGCAGCAAGGAAGGAUGACAGCCAGUCCUUGGCGGACGAUUCUGGGAAAGAGGAGGAAGAUGCUGAAUGUAUUGAUGACGACGAGGAAGACGAGGACGACGAGGAGGAAGACAGCGAGAAGACAGAAAGCGAUGAAAAGAGCAGCAUCACUCUGACUGCCCCGGACGCCGCUUCAGACCCAAAGGAGAAGCCCAAGCAAGCCAGUAAGUUCGACAAGCUGCCAAUAAAGAUAGUCAAAAAGAACAACCUGUUUGUUGUUGACCGAUCUGACAAGUUGGGGCGUGUGCAGGAGUUCAAUAGUGGCCUUCUGCACUGGCAGCUCGGCGGGGGCGACACCACUGAGCACAUUCAGACUCACUUUGAGAGCAAGAUGGAAAUUCCUCCUCGCAGGCGCCCACCUCCCCCCUUAAGCUCCACAGGUAGAAAGAAAGAGCAAGAAGGCAAAGGCGACUCUGAAGAGCAGCAAGAGAAAAGCAUCAUAGCAACCAUUGAUGACGUCCUCUCUGCUCGGCCAGGGGCACUGCCCGAAGACGCAAACCCUGGGCCCCAGACCGAAAGCAGUAAGUUUCCCUUUGGUAUCCAGCAAGCCAAAAGCCACCGGAACAUCAAGCUGCUGGAGGACGAGCCCAGGAGCCGAGAUGAGACUCCUCUGUGCACCAUCGCACACUGGCAGGACUCGCUGGCUAAGCGAUGCAUCUGUGUGUCCAAUAUCGUCCGUAGCUUGUCAUUCGUGCCUGGCAAUGAUGCCGAAAUGUCCAAACAUCCAGGCUUGGUGCUGAUCCUGGGGAAGCUGAUUCUUCUUCACCACGAGCAUCCAGAGAGAAAGCGAGCACCGCAGACCUAUGAGAAAGAGGAGGAUGAGGACAAGGGGGUGGCCUGCAGCAAAGAUGAAUGGUGGUGGGACUGCCUCGAGGUCUUGAGGGAUAACACGUUGGUCACGUUGGCCAACAUUUCCGGGCAGCUAGACUUGUCUGCUUACACGGAAAGCAUCUGCUUGCCAAUUUUGGAUGGCUUGCUGCACUGGAUGGUGUGCCCGUCUGCAGAGGCACAAGAUCCCUUUCCAACUGUGGGACCCAACUCGGUCCUGUCGCCUCAGAGACUUGUGCUGGAGACCCUCUGUAAACUCAGUAUCCAGGACAAUAAUGUGGACCUGAUCUUGGCCACUCCUCCAUUUAGUCGUCAGGAGAAAUUCUAUGCUACAUUAGUUAGGUACGUUGGGGAUCGCAAAAACCCAGUCUGUCGAGAAAUGUCCAUGGCGCUUUUAUCGAACCUUGCCCAAGGGGACGCACUAGCAGCAAGGGCCAUAGCUGUGCAGAAAGGAAGCAUUGGAAACUUGAUAAGCUUCCUAGAGGAUGGGGUCACGAUGGCCCAGUACCAGCAGAGCCAGCACAACCUCAUGCACAUGCAGCCCCCACCCCUGGAACCACCUAGCGUAGACAUGAUGUGCAGGGCGGCCAAGGCUUUGCUAGCCAUGGCCAGAGUGGACGAAAACCGCUCGGAAUUCCUUUUGCACGAGGGCCGGUUGCUGGAUAUCUCGAUAUCAGCUGUCCUGAACUCUCUGGUUGCAUCUGUCAUCUGUGAUGUACUGUUUCAGAUUGGGCAGUUAUGACAUAAGUGAGAAGGCAAGCAUGUGUGAGUGAAGAUUAGAGGGUCACAUAUAACUGGCUGUUUUCUGUUCUUGUUUAUCCAGCGUAGGAAGAAGGAAAAGAAAAUCUUUGCUCCUCUGCCCCAUUCACUAUUUACCAAUUGGGAAUUAAAGAAAUAAUUAAUUUGAACAGUUAUGAAAUUAAUAUUUGCUGUCUGUGUGUAUAAGUACAUCCUUUGGGGUUUUUUUUUUUCUUUUUUUUUAACCAAAGUUGCUGUCUAGUGCAUUCAAAGGUCACUUUUUGUUUUUCACAGAUCUUUUUAAUGUUCUUUUCCAUGUUGUAUUGCAUUUUUUGGGGGAAGCAAAUUGACUUUAAAGAAAAAAGUUGUGGCAAAAGAUGCUAAGAUGCGAAAAUUUCACCACACUGAGUCAAAAAGGUGAAAAAUUAUCCAUUUCCUAUGCGUUUUACUCCUCAGAGAAUGAAAAAAACUGCAUCCCAUCACCCAAAGUUCUGUGCAAUAGAAAUUUCUACAGAUACAGGUAUAGGGGCUCAAGGAGGUAUGUCAGUCAGUAGUCAAAACUAUGAAAUGAUACUGGUUUCUCCACAGGAAGAUGGUUCCAUUAGGCUGGGAGCAAAAACAAUGUUUUUUAAGAUUGAAAAUACAUACCUGACAACGAUCCGGAAACUGCUCCUCAGCACUCCCGUCAUGCCUGCUGUCGGCGUUUGACCUUCCACAUGACAGUUCUUCACAAUUCCUUUAAUCAUUUUUUAAAUAUUUUUUUUACUGCCUAUGGGCUGUGAUGUAUAUAGAAGUUGUACAUUAAACAUACCCUCAUUUUUUUCUUUUUUCUUUUUUUUUUUUUUUAGUACAAACUUUUAGUUUCUUUUUCAUGAUGUGGUAACUACAAAGUGAUGGUAGAUUUAAAUAAUUUUUUAUUUUUAUUUUAUAUAUUUUUUCAUUAGGGCCAUAUCUCCAAAAAAAGAAAGAAAAAAUACAAAAAACAAAAACAAAAAAAAAAGAGGGUAAUGUACAAGUUUCUGUAUGUAUAAAGUCAUGCUCGAUUUCAGGAGAGCAGCUGAUCACAAUUUGCUUCAUGAAUCAAGGUGUGGAAAUGGUUGUAUAUGGAUUGAUUUAGAAAAUGGUUACCAGUACAGACAAAAAAGAGAAAAUGAAAAAAAUACAACUAAAAGGAAGAAACACAGCUUCAAAGAUUUUUCAGUGACGAGAAUCCACAUUUGUAUUUCAAGAUAAUGUAGUUUAAAAAAAAAAAAGAAAAAAACUUGAUGUAAAUUCCUCCUUUUCCUCUGGCUUAAUGAAUAUCAUUUAUUCAGUAUAAAAUCUUUAUAUGUUCCACAUGUUAAGAAUAAAUGUACAUUAAAUCUUGUUAAGCACUGUGAUGGGUGUUCUUGAAUACUGUUCUAGUUUCCUUAAAGUGGUUUCCUAGUAAUCAAGUUAUUUACAAGAAAUAGGGGAAUGCAGCAGUGUAUUCACAUUAUAAAACCCUACAUUUGGAAGAGACCUUUAGGGGUUACCUACUUUAGAGUGGGGAGCAACAGUUUGAUUUUCUCAAAUUACUUAGCUAAUUAGUCUUUCUUUGAAGCAAUUCACUCUAACGACAUUGAGGUCUGAUCAUUUUCAGUAUUUAUGGGAGGUGGCUGCCGACCCACUUGAGGUGAGAUCUCAGAAGCUUAACUGGCCUGAAAAUGUAACAUUCUGCCUUUUACUAACUCCAUCUUAGUUUAAUCAAAGUUCAAUCUAUUCCUUGUUUCUUCUGUGUGCCUCAAAGUUAUUUUGCAUUUAGUUUACUCCACCGUGUAUAAUAUUUAUACUGUGCAAUGUUAAAAAAGAAUCUGUUAUAUUGUAUGUGGUGUACAUAGUGCAAAGUGAUUAUUUCUAUUUCAGGGCAUAUUAUGGUUCUCAUAUUCCUUCCUACCUGGUGCACAGUAGCUUUUUAAUACUAGUCACUUCUACUUUAAACUUUCUCUUCCUGGGUCAUUGACUGUUACUGUGUAAUAAUCAAUUUCUUUGAAACUGCUGCAUAAUUAUGCUGUUAGUGGACCUCUACCUCUUCUGAUCCCUCUUCCAAUCACAGUAUACUCAGAAUCCCCAGCCCCUCGCAUACAUUGUGUUGGUUCACAUUACUCACAGUAAUGAAGAGUUAGACAAGAACAUGCAGUUACAGUCAUUGUGAGGCGUGACUCUCCAGUGUCACGAGGAAAAAAUUCAUCUUUUCUGCAAGCAGUCUCUCAUCUGUCAACUCCCACAUUACUGAGUCAAACAGUCUUCUUACAUAACAAUGCAACCAAAUAUAUGUUGAAUUAAAGACCCAUUUAUAAUUCUACUUUAAAUACAUCUGCUUGCUAAGAACAGAUUUCAGUGCUCCGAGCUUCAAAUAUGGAGAUUUGUAAGAGGGAAUUCAAUAUUAUUCUAAUUUCUCUCUUACAGAGUACGAAUACAAGGUGUAUACAAACUCCGAACAUAUCCAGUAUUCCAAUUCCUUUGUCAAUCAGAAGAGUAAAAUAAUUAACAAAAGACUGUUGUUGUGGUUUGCAUUGUAACCGAUAACGCAGAGUCUGACCGUUGGGCAACAAGUUUUUCUAUCCUGAUGCGCAACACAGUCUCUAGAGACUAAUCCAGGAAGACUUUAGCCUCCUUUCCAUAUUCUCACCCCUGAAUCAAGAUUUACAGAAGCCCACGAAGAAUUUACAGCCUGCUUGAGAUCAUCUUGCCUAUAAACUGAGUUAUUUCUUUGUCCUAAAAAUUAGUUGUUUUUUUUUCUAUGAGGCUUUUCAGAAAUUUACAGGAUGCCCAGACUUUAAAUGUGUACCAAAAAAAAAAAAAAAAAAAAAGAUAAAAAAUAAAGGUGCAAAGAAAGUUUAGUAUUUUGGAA